AUGGCACCCCCAAGAGAGCGCCUUCUACAAUCCGCGGAGGAGUUUUGUGACUCCUUCGCAAAGAAGAAAGACAUCGACAGCAUUCUGUCCUUGUUUUCUACCACCCACGAAGUCUCUGCAAUCGAAUACGGGCUACCCGAACUUGCCCCGUUCCUCGGACAAGAAUUCACUGGGAUAUCCGAGGUGCAGAAGUACUUUGAACUUAUAGGAUCACUGCUCUCCUAUGACAACAUCAACUUCUCCGAAUACGUGGUGGAUCCUAUCGCUCUCAAGGUAGCGGUCAGGGGAAAGGGCUGUUUCACAUGGCUCACCACUGGUCAAUCUUGGAAUGAGAUAUUUACCUACACCCUUGACUUCGAUGAUGAAUUGAAGGUGGUUCGAUAUCAGAUUUGGGCAGAUUCGGGGGCUGCAUAUUUAGGCAGGGUUGGAAAGCUGGGUAAGAUCAAGUUCUGA